AUGGCUGCAUCCCCCGGAGGGAUCCCUCCUGAGAUGCAAGAGGGCAUCACCACCUUCCUGGGGACAAAGAAGGUGCUCCUGGUGUUGAGCAUCCAGCUGCAGGUGAAAUCCAAGUAUGACGACUUCAUCUUGGUGCUGACACCCUGGCGAGCCUAUGUGCUGCCCGUGAUGCUGCCAGUGAGGGUUCACAGCAGCUUCAGCUUCCUGGAGGUGAGGGAGAUGACAGUCCAAGAGCCAAGCGUGGUUGUCAUAGAAACAGAUGCCGCGUCUUACGCCUUCCGGUUCAUGUCCUUGGAUGAUUUGGAGCAAGUUGUCAUCCAUGUCACUAUGUCACUUAAGAAGGUCUUUCCAGACUCUUCCCUUGGGACACUGCUCAAGAACUCCCCACCGAAGCUGUAUGAGAGAAUCCAGCAGAUCACAGACUCACUGGAGGAAAUGCUGCAGAACAACCCAGGGCCCUGUGGGGGGUUUUCAGAGACCUACUCUGCUUUGUGUGAUUACAAUGGCUUUGCCUUCCGCGAGGAGAUCCAGUGGGACGUGGACAACAUUUACCACAGCCAGGACUGCCGGGAGUUCAACCUACUGGACUUCAGCCACCUGGAGAGCCGAGAUGUGGCACUGAGUGUUGCUGCCUUGUCAUUCAACCUGUGGUUCACCAAGCUCUCCUGCAAGGACUUCAGGCUGAACCAGGAGAUUUCGGAGCAGCUGCUCUACAUGCUCAGCAAAUCGGUGACGCUGGAGGAGCUGGUGCUGGAAAACAGUGGGUUGAAAGCUGACUUUGUGCAGAGGAUGGCCCAGGCACUCAGCAGCCAUCCUGACUCUGUCCUGCACACCAUCAACCUUGCUGGCAACCAGCUGGAAGACAGAGGGAUCACUGCCUUCAGCCGACAUGUGGAGAAGAGUCCCAAGGGUCUGCAGAGCCUCAGCUUGGCCAGGACGAUGCUCACGGCCAAAGGGAUGAGCACGUUAUGCAAGGCCCUCGCAGAUAACAAAGCCAUUGGAUUCUCCCUCCGGCACUUGGACCUCUCUGGAAACCCUGGCACCCUAGCUGGGGAUGAUAUCUGUAACCUGCAGAGCCUCCUCUGCCAGUGCCACUCUCUGUCCCACCUCAGCCUGGCUGGCACAGACUGCCCUUUGGAUGCUCUCUUUGGAGCCCUGGUUCAUGGAUGCCACACCAGCCUCAUCCACCUGGAUCUCUCCAAGAAUGUGUACUCCCACAAGAGGGUGAAAACCAUCUCCCCUGACAUCAAGGAGUUUUUCAGCCAGGCUUGUGCCCUUAGGCACGUCUCCUUGGCAGGUACCAAGCUGCCAGCAGAUGUUGUAAGGGCGUUGCUGCAAGGGCUGGCAGACAACAGUCACAUCAGUGACCUGCACCUGGAUCUUAGCAGCUGCGAGCUGAGAUCAGCAGGGGCCCAAGUCAUCCAGGAUCUCAUUCCUGAUGCCAGCUCCAUCAGUGACCUGAACUUGUCUGACAAUGGCUUUGACCCUGACAUGGUGACACUGGUGCUCUCCAUUGGCAGAAGCAAGUCCAUUAGACAUGUCUCUCUGGGGAAGAACUUCAACAUUAAAUCCAAGGAAGGGCUGUUGGAUGUCCUGCACCGCAUUGUCCAGCUCACCCAGGAGGAGGACUGCCCUCUCCAGUCACUAUCCGUGGCUGAAUCACGUCUCAAACUGGGAACCAACGUCCUGCUGAGUGCCCUGGGCAGUAACACCAGCCUUAUCGCUCUGGACAUCAGUGGCAAUGCUAUGGGGGACACGGGGGCCAAGAUGCUAGCCAAGGCCCUGCAGAUCAACACCAAGCUCAGGACUGUGAUUUGGGACAGGAACAAUACAACUGCCCAUGGGCUCCUGGAAGUGGCUCAAGCUUUGGAGAGGAAUUACACCCUCAAGUCGAUGCCGUUGCCGAUGAGCGACGUGGCGCAGGCAUAUCGCAGCAACCCCGAGAGAACAGAGGAGGCCGUGCACAAGCUCCAGUCCUGCCUGACGAGGAACCAGCUGCGGCAGACGCUACCGGCGCAGACAUUCCGGCUGCAGCAGGGCAUCCUCACCACCUCUUCUGAACAGAUGGUGAAUGAGAUCUGCUUGAGCGUGCAGAAGCACGUUGACAUCCUCAGCACCUGCACGGGCAGGGAGGUGGAGGCAGACAUCCUCUGUGCGGAGGAGGCCAUCAGGAACGCCAACCUCUCUGUCAGUAUCCUGCCCCUCCUGUACGAAGCAGGAAACAGCCCGUACCAGAAUGGCAAACUGCAGCACAAGCUGGAGUGUCUCAUGGAGGAAGCAUUACAGACUUGUAGCCGGGAAAUCCAGGCGAUCAUGCAGGCAGUGCUGGACACGGCACACAGCCUGUGCCCAGCUGUGGUGCAGAAGAGUGGGGUCAGGGACCAACUGGUCAAUGCCAUGUCAGAGCGGAUCUGCCUCCAGGAGCACCUCAGCCUCAGCACUGUCCUGGACCAGAUGGUCACCGAUGUCUUCAGCAAGCUGAAUGAAAUCAAGCUGUCUGUCACAGCUGCUGUGGCCGACUGCAUUGUGGAUGCUGUGCUGGGAGACCUGACUACUGCCCAGUGCAAACUGGCAGAGAGCCUCUCCAAGCAGGGACUCGACCUCCUGGUGCUGCCGCCAGAGUCGGCUGAGGACGAUGCUACUGCGCUGGCAAGGGGCAGGAAUCCUCCGGACGUGGCUGCGGAGGAGUACAAGAUGGCCCUGCGGAGGAAAAACAAGCAUUUCAGGAGCAUUCGGCCCACAGCAACUGUGAGAA